AUGACACCGCAAAUUCGAUGGAACUGUUUGGCAAUGCUGAUCCUGACGGUGUUCCUUUCCCAUGCAAUGCCAUCCGUAUUCGCUUUUCCGAUGAGUGAUCAAGACUCGUUGACGUCGGCAUCGUUUGUAAAUAGGAUUCUGAAAAAAGAAGAAACCGAUUCUCCAACCAUGUCGCCAACGGCGAUCUUCAAUGGGGGCAGAAACAAUGACAAAAACAACAACGACAAAAACAACAACGACAAGAACAAAAAUGACAAGGACGAGAAUACGUGGGCGCGACCAUGGGAUGUCGUUACAGGUCCUCCCACAGACAAGCCUUCCAAAGCACCGACGACACCCAGGCCCACCAAGGCACCCACAACCGAUAAACCAUCACAAUUUCCAACGGUGGGGCCAACGUCAGGUAGGCCAACAUGGGCCCCAGUUACCAGGUGGCCAUCUCCAGCCCCAGUGGCUGCAGUUGCAGCAUCUUCAGCUGCACAAACCCCUAGGCCAACCCCCUUUCCCUCGAGUUCUGCGAUCGAGACUCCUCAACCAACACCACUGCCAACACGAUUACCAACAACACCUCGACCCACACGAUCACCAACAACACCUCGACCAUCGCCUUUGCCAUCGCAGAUGCCUAUCACGGCAGCCCCGAUCACACGGCAGCCAACCCCUUUACCAGGAUUACCAACGAGGACACCGACGACAAGUCCGCCAACGUUGUCACCGACUCCAAAUCCUUCUAGUCCGCCAACGUUGUCACCGACUCCAAAUCCUUCUAGUCCGCCAACGUUGUCUCCGACUCCAAAACCUUCUCCUUUGCCUACGAAUCCUCCCUCGACGUCUCCGACCGACAAGCCCACAUUCAACCCCACGAUGCCUCGAACGUUUGCACCCAUCCCUGGAGUUCCAAACCCAACAUCGCCAGCUCCGACGUCAGCUCAACCCAUGACUCCUGACCCGACGACACUGGCGCCAGUUCCCCCCGCUCAAACAGCAAAGGCCAAACCAGCAAAGACAGAGGAGCUGGAAGCAAUGCAAGUCAUCCCCUUUGGCGCCGAGCUUCAGAAUAUAUCCAUUGCUUUCUCCGUGUGGUUCCCUGAUCGAUCCGGUGUCAACGAGGCUGACCACGACAGCAUGUCUGCUACGAUUCAGACCGCAUUGAGUUCAACGUUGGAGUAUCUCUUUUGCGACAGUAGCAAGAGCAGUGACUACUUGGAUGAUCUGACAUAUUGGGACAAUCUAGGAUUGGAAAAUUACAAGGAAGAAAACCGUCUUUGUGCUUUUGUGGAGAAUGUUGUUCAUGGAGACGGGCUGAUUGGUGCUGUGGCGUCGCCGGCAUCGGGCGAAGCGUCAUUGCUGAAGACUGCUGAGAAUGGUGGUCGAUUCCGACUUCUGCAGGGCGGGCAAGGGAACAAUAACCUGCAAGCCUACGAAGAGGGAAAAUGGGAUGUUGAUGAGUGGAAGGAUCUGGACGAAAAGUUUGCGACGUGGGAGCAAUCGAACCGUGCAGGCGAUGGAGGAGGUCAAGCCAUAUACGCAGUGGAACCCAACGACAACAAGAACAACGACAACACGGAUAACAACAACAAGGAUAACGACACUAAAGAUGACACCAAAGAGGACGAAGACAAUAAGGACAACCAACAGCAACAAGUUAAGGAGGACGUGAACCAGGGUCAACAGAACGAGGAAAGGGCGAACGACGCAAAAGCCAAUCAGGAGAAUCCAAAUGAUGAUAAGAACAAAGAUAAAGAAAACGAGAAGGAGAAGAACGACAAGAAGAACCAAGGCAAGGCUGAAACAGCUCCACCCAUUGCCGAUGUAGCCGUCAUGCUGCAACCACCUCACCUGCAUCAUCAUGUGCAUUUCAAUGCUCACAAGAAUCUGGCAUAUACUUCCUGGAAUGUUUCCUGGCCCGUUGUCAGGCUGACAAUGAGCUAUCUCGAACAAUCCUGGAAUACCCAGUCUAAGAACGGCGACACGGAAGCCGAAGACGUAGUUGCCUAUGGGAUCGCACUGAUGCAACAAGAGCUCAAAGCAUCUCUGAAAGAAAAUGUGAACCUUCGCGUGUUGGAUGUCAUUCUGGAGGAUCUCCUCAAGGAACCCGUCCGAGUGAGUGUUGUGGGACACGAAAAAGAAACCUUUGGCAUGGACAUUCUCCUUGAGGAAGGUGAUCAUAUGGGUUACAACAUGACGGCGGCCGAAAAGCAAGAGAUGCUGAACCCGCAUCCGCUACAUGCAAUGCGACUCGUUGGUAUGACGCUCUUGCUCUUUACCUUGAAGUUCAUUGCGAUUCUACUUUUUCUAAGCAGAAGGCGGAAACUUGUUCGGGAAGCAGAGUUGAAGCGGCAUAGGGAAGGAAAGGGUAUGCUGGAGGUGAAUGGAGUGGAAGAGAUGCUGAAGAAAACCAAGACAGCCAGGAGAGACGUGAUUGCAACAAUGCACGAUAAUCCAAGGAGGAGUCGCAGUGACUCUCGAAGUGAACGAGAAUACGAGAUGCGCAUACCAAUGCCGGCUGGAUUGGGUAGCACUCGUCGCUCAGUAAGAGCGGCGGCAUUCUAA